GUGGGAAAAUAUUUGGCAGAAACACUGACACUCAGCUUUAAUCCUCUGUCCCCGUCUCCAACCUAAAGCAUAUGAAUAUGGACUAUGGAGUACGUACACAUCAUAUAUGUGUGUGUAUCAGUGUAUGUAUUUGUGUAUUGGGCGGUUGGUUGGGCUGUGCUUUUGAAAUGGGUGUUUUCCAUUUCUUGAGUCAAUUACAAUCUCUCUCUCCACCACAGUUGUUUCAGAUCUGUUUGUGUUAGUCUUUUCUUCAGCUUUAUUAUUUUUUCUUUCUUUCACUGCCACUGUCUCACGCAUAAACACAAAGUCUGUAAUUAUCUUUGGACUGGUUCAUCAUUCUCUCUCAUCUUUCAUCAACUUUCAUCAUGGACUUUCAAACCAAAACUUCUUCGCACUCUGGUGGAGUAUUGCGGGUGCGGAAGAGGAGUGAGAAACAAUGGACGGUGGUGAUGCAUGGAGAUGGAGGGAAGGAGAAGAGGUCUAGUGGAGUGAAGCCGUUGAUCAAGUGUGAGGGAAAUUGUGGGUUCUCGUGGGGUCAAUUGCUGCAGCUGAAACACCAAUCUCUCAUUUACAGCCAUAUAGUAAACGGUAUCCCCGUUCCUUUCCACCUUCUUGCUACCAUUUCCAAGACCCUGCUUCCUCCACUUUCUACUACUCUACUUAAUCCAUAUCCCUUUACAGGAUUCAGCCCACAAGGGUUUUACUGCAAAAACAUGGUGGAUCCUGAACCAGGAAGGUGCAGAAGAACUGAUGGGAAGAAAUGGAGAUGCAGUAAAAAUGUAGUUCUUGAUCAAAAAUACUGUGAGCAGCACAUGCACAGAGGCCGUCAACGUUCAAGAAAGCUUGUGGAAGUUGCUGAAAUCGGUACUUCUCUUUCAAUUACCAAAACACCUGAGAAAUCAGUUAGCCAAUCGCUACAAAAAUCAAGUUCAAACAUUCCAGUCUCUGUUGGUCUUCAACUUAUGACCACCUUGUCCUCAAAUGUCACUAGUGUUAGCCAUGGUAAUGCUACUCCCUCUAGUAGCUUUUGUACGAAAAGGGUUACUAAUGUUACUGCUCCAUGUAUUACUACUACUAACAUUGCUGCAAUUACUAAAAGUAACAUGAGUGCUGGCAAUGCCGGGAAAGUUGUUAGUGACAAGUAUUUUGGCUCAAUAGGAAGAAGCAAUAACACAAAUGCUUGCAGUAAUAUGUCACAGGGUUUGGGUUUCUCUCCCAGAAGUGUUCUUCAUCUACAAGUCCUAAGAAGCAAUGGCUUACACACUGACUAUAGAAAUGGCAUAGAACUUGAACCGGGGAGGUGUAGGAGAACAGAUGGGAAGAAGUGGCGAUGCAGACGGGAUGUUAUCCCUGAUCAGAAAUAUUGUGCUCGCCAUAUGCAUAGAGGUGCCAAGAAGCUUGUGAAGGUUUUCCCACCUCUCCCAGCCAUCGCAGCUUCAUCUGCUGCUACAGAUUCUGCUCGAUGUCCACCAACAACAGCCAUCCCCUCUCGGGUCAACCCUGUGAGCCCAAACACGAAGCUCUCUAUAUCCAUUCAAGACAGCCCUCAGUUGACCAACAUCAUAGAGAAAAGUGAUUCUAGCAGCAGCAGUGAUACAACUAUUUCCGAUACUAGCGUUGCUGCUUACACAAUUAGUAAGCUUCCUGCUUAAGAUGACACACCAAGAACUUGAAGCUUAUUUCUCUAAACUUUGUUCUUUUUCAACCAGUCAUGUAGUGGAAUUGAAUGUGUAAAAAAGGGUGCCUCUGAUUUUUCCGUUUUUGAAUAGAGGAUGUUGUAGUCAUUUUGAUACGAGCUUUAUCAAAGGAGAAAAUUCAAAAUACUGAAUAUCUUUUACCAUAUCUAGAGGUAGAGGUUAUCUUGAUCUGGCAAAACUUUGUAUACAUCUUUAUAAGGGUCUAGUCAUAUAAGUAACCAUC